UAUACGUAUAUAUGCAUAAGAAAAAAACUCCAUUUCAAAACCCUAAUUUUCCAAGGGUUUCUAACUCCUUAUCCCUUUUUUCAAUUCACAUUCAUAUACACACAAAAUAAAUCAUCCAAAUUUACUAACUUUAAUAAUUCUUUUCAAUGGCCACAACAGAAGCAGCAAAAUUCAAGAAAACCGAUUUAAUCCCAAUUCCAGAUUACAAAAACAGCCACCGUGACACCACCGUCGCCACCGUGUCGCCGGAGCACGACGGUCUUCACUUCUGGCAGUUCAUGAUUUCCGGUUCUAUCGCAGGUAUGGUUGAACAUAUGGCUAUGUUUCCUAUAGAUACAAUUAAGACCCGUAUGCAAAUAUUAGGAUCUUGCCCGAUAAAAACCGCAGGGGUUCGGCAAGCGUUGCAGUCUAUUUUAAAGACUGAUGGACCAUCCGGGUUAUACCGCGGUAUCGGUGCGAUGGGGCUGGGUGCUGGCCCUGCCCACGCGGUUUAUUUUUGUGUUUAUGAGAAUUGUAAAGAAAGGUUUGAAAGAGGGCAUAAGAAUAACCCGGUUGCCCACGCGGCUGCCGGGGUGUUUGCAACGGUGGCGAGUGAUGCCGUUUUUACACCGAUGGAUAUGGUGAAGCAACGGUUGCAGUUGGGUAGUGGGAGUCCGUAUAAAGGCGUGUUUGAUUGUGUUCAGGUGGUUUUUAAAGAAGAAGGGUUUAAGGCGUUUUAUGCGUCGUAUAGGACUACUAUUUUGAUGAAUGCUCCGUUUACUGCGGUGCAUUUUGCGACGUAUGAGGCUGCUAAAAGAGGGUUGAUGGGAGUUGGGGUCGCCCCGGAUAGUGCUGGUGAAGAACGGUUGGUUGUUCAUGCUACUGCUGGUGCUGCUGCAGGGGCGUUGGCUGCUGCUGUGACUACACCGCUUGAUGUUGUGAAAACUCAGUUGCAGUGUCAGGGUGUGUGUGGAUGUGAUAGAUACGUUAAUGGCUCUAUUAGAGACGUUUUAAGAACAAUUGUGAAAAAGGAUGGAUACAGAGGGCUUUUUAGAGGAUGGAUGCCAAGGAUGCUUUUUCAUGCUCCAGCUGCUGCCAUUUGCUGGUCAACAUAUGAAGCUGGAAAGUCGUUUUUUCAAGAUUUGAAUAGUGACGAUAGAAGUAGCAGGAUGACCUGAGUUUGAUAAUAAGUUUUCUUCUUGUUGUAUUGAGGAUUACUACUCACAAUAGAAAAAAGAUUGAGUUCUCCGAGUCUUUAUUUUGAACUUCAAAUUGAACUCAAUCUGGGAAGCUGAAGGGGAGGCUCGGCUUCGUCUACAUUAUUGUUCAUGGCAUAUGAUAUGCUUUGUGAGAUUAGCAGCUGUAUUUGUUGUUUAUUGGCUUCAUUAUAAUCUAUCCAAAUCUAUUCAGCUAUGUCAUGCAGAUGUAUCGUUAAGUUUUGCAGGAAUUUUUUCUUCUUAGUGUUAAGUACCACUGCGCUUUUUGAUUUCAUGUCUUAAUUGUUGAAAUAAAUGUCAUAGAGUUUGAUUUAUUUUA